GCACAUGAAAAAUCACAUAUUCACAUAUUAAACAAAGAUCUCUUCACACGAACCGAUCUCCGAAAGCAAGCACUCCAAAUCCCGUCCGCACCACCCGCGAGCCCCCAGAAAUCGUGUGGCAAAGAGCCUCUCUUCAUGUUGUACUCCCCUCUUUUUUUAUUUUCACACGUGGGAAAGGAAUGCGAACGAGAAGUGGUAAACAAAUGACCCCUGAAUUUCCCUCUCUACCUACUGCUAUCAACCCCCUUUCUGAGUCAAAACCCAUCUUCUCUGUAAGACCAUUCUCUCUCUCUCUCUCUCUCUCUCUCUCUCUCUCUCUCACACACACACACACACACACACAUCUGUCUCUCUCUCUCGCACACGNUCUCUCUCUCUCGCACACGAACACUCGCACACACACACACACACACACACACACACACACACACACACACACACACACACCUUUCAACAUCUAUCAAUCCAGGUCCGGAACGCUGUCCGUGUCUAAUAGACCAGUAGUGAGCCCUAGUUGCUACCUUCCACACUCAUCCUUAUCCCGAAAGGCCAGCCACAUAUAGGAAUGAAGGAGAGGGGUUUGAACCAAUGAGACUUUGUAGUAUGCUACUUCUCUAGACUGAGUGCUCCGUAGUAUGCUACUUCUCUAGACUGAAUGCUCCUGAUAGUAAGGGGAAAGCUAUCAAUGCCGCCUGGGGUUGACUGCUAACUCGAAACCCGUGUGUUCUCUGUGACUUGUACUGUGGGACGCCGGUCCCUUUAUCCCCAGUCGCCUGCAGGUGUCGCUCCCCACCUGUAGAUGGAGCAUGCUCCUCCUUGGAAAAGUAGGAUAUCCCUCCAAUGCAAAGAGUCUGACGCCUCUUGUAACGUGACUUCCACUCCAAUCUCUGUAGAUGGAGAAUUGGCCAGUCUUUUGAAGAAACGAUGAUGAUAAGAUCCAGCCGGGUCAGUCUUUUGAAGGAAUGAUAAUAAGAUCCAGCCAGCCGGUUUCUAUUUUCGAAUAGACCAGUUCAUAUUUCAAACCUUCGGAUUUUUAUUAUUAUUUUUUUUUUCCUUCGGAUAUUUCAAACCUUUGCAUACCUCUCCUAUCUCUCUUUCUUUUUUCUUUCUUUUUUUUUUUUUUUGAAGAAAGUUAAACGUCCUUUACUUCUCAAUCAAUCUCUCGCAAGUGCUCUUAGCACGGGCGUUAGUCACGGGAAUGCGCGUGCCGCCCAAGACGGGCCCCCGCCUGCACCCUCGGGAUUGUCGAGGGCACUACCAGAAGGGCGUGAGGGAAGCAGGCCUACGCACGGGCUCAGCGAAGAAGAAAGCACCAAACCAAAGGUAGGUAGCUUUCACUAAUCAGAACACAAGAAAGCCAAAAAAAACAAAAAAUAACGGUGAACAAACGAAAGGACGGAACUCCUAAAAACGGAAGUAACGAGCUGAUGAAAGAGGCAGCAAUGGCCCAACGACAGGACGGAACUCCUAAAAAGAUAACGGUGAAAAACGGAAGGAACGAGCUGAUGAAAGAGGCAGCAGUGGCCCACAGACUUCGCUUACGCACACGACUGAUUGAGAGAAAGUUACGGCGAGAUCCCACUGGCAAAGAGGAUUGGAAUAAGUGUGUGAAUCUGGACACGGUGAUCCACACAGAAUAGUGAAAACAGUGGCCAUAGACUGCUUCUCGUACACGCAUCAACAUAUUUACAUUCCUUCUCCGCAUGUACAGCUCUCAGAAAACGCGCAAUUUCCCCGACGGGUUUCGGCUAAUCAGGCUGCGCUCCUGGCACUCGCUCCUCAGGGGGCUUCUCCUCAGAUCCGCCUUGCGGCACCACCAGACUUUCCACACACAUGCAGAAAAGCGGAUCAAUCACACGUGUUCCAAACAGAGAUGCAGAAAAGCGGAUCACCUCUCCAGACACUUAUUCCACUUCCUUCUAUUCGAACUCAAAACGCACGCCGCCGACCGGUCGCUCUAAAAGAUAAAAGGUGGGACAAACG